UGACCAUUAUUUGUCAAAAUGGCUACAACAAGUGCUCCAAUUUUCCAGUCAUGGACUCAAAUUGUGUCAACUUCUUGUGCUGCAUCAACUAGUAAUUUUAGUCCUUCCAUUGCCAACACUUAUGGCAGUAAAAGUUUCAUGGGUUCAUCCUUACAAGAACAUCAUCAAAGAUGGAAGAAUACUGUCAAGACAAUUGGGAAGAUAAGGGCCGCGGCUGUUGUUGAUGCGCCUCCAGCCGAAGAAGUUAAAGUAUGUGUGCUUCCCAAAUGGGCUGAUUUCGAUAUUGGGCGAGCUCCAAUAUACUGGAAGACAAUGAAUGGGCUUCCUCCUAGUUCUGGUGAGAGAUUGAAGCUUUUUUACAAUCCGACUGCUAGCAAACUUACUCCAAAUGAGGAGUUUGGAAUCGCAUUCAACGGAGGGUUUAAUCAACCAAUUAUGUGUGGCGGUGAGCCAAGAGCGAUGCUUCGCAAAGAUCGUGGCGUAGCAGAUUCUCCUUAUUACACUAUCCAAAUAUGUGUCCCCAAGCAUGCCGUGAACUUGAUAUUUUCGUUUACAAACGGAGGUGAAUGGGAUGGUCCUUACAAACUGGAAUUUCAAGUACCAAAGGCAUGGCGUAAUCGACAAAUGGACUUCUUCAACCAGGGUCUAACUGAGGAGCUAAGCAGAGAAGGUGCGUGUGAAAAGGCCAUCUUUCCUGAUACAAGCAUUGUCAUCGAUAGAUGUAUACUUAGCGGUAACUUGACACUUGAAGGGGGUGACCGUUGUGAAUUAGAUCUUGUAACAGGCUGCACCGAUCCAGGAUCUCCUGAAUAUAACCCUCUUGCAAACGUUGAUGACGGAUCAUGCCCUCCUUACUCAGAUAAUGAAGAUUAAAAUCAUGAUUUGGAUUACCUUCUUUCAUCACGUAUACGAAUUGUUGAACCUAAGUUUAAACAGUGAUUCAUUGAAAUCAUAGGUAAGAGGUGUGUAUUCAUAGGUGUGCCUCUUUUUGUUAAUACGAUUAAUAUACGAUAUACAUUUGGGAA